UUCCCCUCCUCGCGGUGAGGUGGUGUACCUGUGCAGUGGGGUGCCCUUCUCUCAACUCGCCUUGACGUGCUCGUGUUUUUGUUCGCCUUUUGGUUCAGGGCUUCCGAUUCCCCUACAUCAGUGCUUGCUUUCUGCUUUCUCUCCAAACCACCACGGAGCUGGAUUGAGUUGAAUUUCACUGGAAUAUUUAUUAUUUGAAGAAAAUAUCAUGGAAGUUAUGCGUCCACAGCUUAUAAAAAUUGAUGGACGAGUUUACAGGAAGAAUCCUAUCCAAGAACAGACUUACCAACAUGAAGAAGAGGAGGAGGACUUCUAUCAAGGCUUCAUGGAAUGUGCAGAAGAGCCCUGUGAUGCAUAUGAGGUGGUGCAGACCCAGCAAGGUUUCCGGUGUACGGUGAAGGCUCCCAGCCUACUCUACAAGCAUAUAGUUGGAAAAAGAGGGGACACUAGGAAGAAACUAGAAAUGGAGACCAAAACUUCAAUUAGCAUCCCUAAGCCUGGACAAGAAGGAGAAAUUGUGAUCACUGGCCAGCAUCGAAGUGGUGUAAUUUCAGCCCGAACUCGAAUUGAUGUUCUUUUGCUCACUUUUAGAAGAAAGCAGCCUUCCACUCACUUCCUUUCCUUUUUUCUCAAUGAAGCUGAAGUUCAGGAGCGAUUCCUUAAGUUCCAAGAGGAAGUACUGGAGAAGUGCUCCAUGGAUCAUGGCGUCGACAGCACCAUUUUCCAGAAUCCCAAAAAGCUUCACCUAACUAUUGGGAUGUUGGUACUUUUGAGUGAACAAGAGAUCCAAGAGACAUGUGAAAUGCUAAAGCAGUGUAAAGAGGAGUUCAUCGAUGACAUUGCUGGGGGCAGACCCCUGGAAGUAGAGAUGGCAGGGAUAGAGUACAUGAAUGAUGAUCCUGGUAUGGUGGAUGUUCUCUAUGCUAAAGUGCAUAUGAAAGAUGGUUCCAACAGACUACAGGAAUUAGUUGAUCGGGUUCUGGAACGUUUUCAGGCUUCUGGAUUAAUGGUGAAAGAGUGGAAUAGUGUGAAACUCCAUGCUACAGUCAUGAAUACUCUACUCAGGAAAGAUCCCAAUGCUGAAGGCAGAUACAAUCUUUAUACAGCAGAUGGCAAAUAUAUCUUCAAGGAAAGAGAAUCAUUUGAUGGCCGAAACAUUUUAAAGCAAUUUGAGAACUUCUACUUUGGUACCCUAAAGCUCAAUUCAAUUCACAUCUCUCAGAGGUUCACAGUAGACAGCUUUGGAAACUAUGCUUCCUGUGGACACGUUGACUUCUCCUGAGGUGGACCCUGAGAAGCCCUAGGAAUUGGACAUCCUCACACAGUGCUGAGGAAAAGCAUCUUUGUUUUAAUUGCCAAAGAGGGUUGUGAAAAUUUGGGUGAUGCCUUUUCUGAGUGGUUCCCUGUGGGUAAAGUAACCUCUAAUGAUUGUCUGCAGUUAUCAGAUUCUCAACCAAAAUGAUUGUGGGCACAAGAACUUGUGCCUCCAACCUUUGGCUUGCUCAUUUUUCACAAGGACUACCCUCUUUCUUGAAGUUCUUCUGUGGAAAUGUACUUCUGAAACCCAUUGGAACUCAAAUUUGUGUUAUUUCUCCUGUGCAUACUGAGUUUUGCCCUAGUCAUUAAAUUCUUAUUAAAUUCUUAGUCAUUAAAUUCUAUAUUUAUACU